AUGUGCACCACCCUCUUCCUGCUCAGCACCUUGGCCAUGCUCUGGCGCCGCCGAUUCACCAACCGGGUCCAACCAGAGCCCAGCGGAGUAGACGGGGCCGUUAUAGGCAGCAGAUUGGAAACAGACCUCCGGUCCUCAGGCAGGGAGAAAGAGUCUCUGAAGUAAGUCGUCACAUCUUCAGGCGGAGCUCGGCCCCAGGGACUGAGAUCAGGGGCAGAAGCAGUUCAAGUCCUGGCUUGCCCCCCACCCACAAAGGACGCUGUGGUGGAAGCAGCAACAGCAAGCAGGAGAAUGGGAAAGAGCAGCCAUC